UUAAAUCUCUCUCUCUCUCUCUCCUGUUUUUUAUCGUUCUUUUUUCACUCUCUUUCACUGUCUCUCUCUCUCUAAUACACAUUUGAUACAAACACUGGAUUUGAGUCUCGUUCAUUCACUGUCUCCCCAUUCCUCUCUCACUCUCCUCUGUUGUGAUGACUCCCGCCAACCUAUUUCAUCCAUUAUGCACCUUUUAAAACCCUAAAUUCCUUCGUCUCCCUCUCUGACCACUUUAGGCAAGAAAGGAAAAGAGGCGGUACGUGUGUCUGGAUUUAUGUCCCUCAAUCAAUCAAGGUCUGACAAAAGCGAGGCCCAGUUAAGGAAACCUGGUCGAUCUGGAAGCUCGGGUCAGCAGAGAAGCUUCUCAGGUGGUGGCGGGAAGGGCGGCGGUGGGACCGCCCAUCCACCCUCUUCUUCGAGUAACUCGUCUUCGUCGUUGUCUUCGAAUCGAAGCUUUAGGAGACCUGGUAAUGGACAAGGAGGCCAAUCUAGGGUGAACGCAGCGAGUACAAAUUCAGAACCCAAUAUUUCUGUUAACCGUGCAGUGCAGAAUGGUACCCACGUACAACCCCCAUUACAUGUAGUGUCAAAUGCGCCUGUCCCAAGUGUUCCCUCCAAGGCCACAGACUCGUCUAGUUCAAGAGGUACUGGAAUUGCACCUGCGCCAAAAUCUCCAUCAUCUCAAACAGCUCCCGGAGCUGUGGAUUCAAAUGUAUCCACGACACCUGUCAAAGCAGAUGUGCCUAGGGCAUUUCCUCUUCAAUUUGGGUCUAUAAGUCCUGGUUUCAUGAAUGUGAUGCAGAUACCUGCUCGAACUAGCUCAGCCCCCCCAAAUUUGGAUGAGCAGAAAAGAGAUCAGGCACGUCAUGAUUCUCUUAGAACCACAUCCUCAGUUCCAAUUCCUUCUGUUCCUAAGCAGCAACUAAGAAAGGAUGUGGGUAGUGUUAACCCAUCAAAAUAUGGGGAGUCCCAUCCCCCUUCUCAAGUCAAAAGAGAUGUGCAUGCUCAGGUUCCUUCUGCACCUUCUUCUGCAACAACACAGAAGCCUUCUGUCCUUUCCAUGACUGGAAUGCCUAUGGCAACACCAUUUCAGCAGCAACAGGUUCCCGUACAAUUUGGUGGGCCCAAUCCACAGGUUCAGCCACAAGGUGUAUCUUCAACUUCAUUGCAAAUGCAGGUACCCUUACCAGUUGGAAAUACCAAUCAAGUUCAACAACAGGUGUUUGUUCCAGGUCUUCAAUCUCAUCCAUUGCAGCCUCAAGGAAUGUUACAUCAGGCCCAGGGUCUUACUUUCACUCAAAUGGGUCAUCAGCUAGCUCCUCCAUUAAGCAGUAUGGGAAUUGGGAUCACCCCUCCAUUUGCACAACAGCAAGCUGGAAAAUUUGGUGGUCCACGUAAAGCUGUUAAGAUUACUCAUCCUGAGACUCAUGAGGAGUUGAGGCUUGACAAAAGGACAGAUUCUUAUUUGGAUGGUGGGCCAUCAGGCUCGAGGUCACAUCCUAAUGUCACCCCUCAAUCCCAGCCCAUUCCAUCCUUUAACCCUGCUCACCCACUAAAUUACUAUCCCACAAUGCCACCUAAUUCUUACAAUCCCAUCUUCUUCCCUGCUCAAACAUCUCUUCCUCUGACAAGUAGCCAGAUGACUGCUGGUUCUCCAGCAACCAGAUAUAAUUAUUCAGUUGUCCAGGGUCCACAAACUGUGCCAUUUAUGAAUGCUUCUUCUCUUAACCCCAUGUCAACUAAGAUUGGGCCCCCAGUGCAAAACACUGCUGAACCAACAAACUUGGAACAUGCUGAUACUUCUGCUCAACUGGCUCCAGUUCAGGUGAUACUGAAGCCAGCUACUGGUUUGCCUGGAGAAAAGUUUGGAUUAUCUACAGCAUCAGUUGUUUCACCUGUUGUUAGUAUAGGUGAAUCACCAAAAUUCUCAGUUGCUUCACCUGUUGUUAGCAAGGGCGAAUCACCAAAAUUAUUAAGACCAACAGGGGAUACCACCUCAUUUCGUCCACAAGGGGACUCAGAUAUUGGUUCAGAGAGUUCCACUCGGUAUUCAAAAUCCCUUCCCGAAGCAGCUAAACAUCCUAGUAGUUCAUCUGUUAAUGUUUCAGUGCAGAGACCAGCUUCAUCUGCUCCUGCUGCGGCUCCUGAUGAGUCUGUGUCCAUUAUGACCAACAUAGAAGGCAGAAGAAAAGAAGCUGUUAGAAGGUUAGAUUCUCUUAAGGAUCAUCAAAAGAAACAGAGCAAGAAGGAUGCACAACAUUCUCAACCACAUAAUCAGGCAGAUGCCUCUGAUUUUGUAAGUAGUUCAAUGUCCUUUUCGUCAAAGUUGUCUGAGGAAGUUGACCAACACACUGAAGAUAUGCAGUCUCCUCCUUCAGAAGUGGUUGGAUCAUCCAUCUCUAUCUUGAAUUCAGCUUCUUUGGGUUUAGAAGACUGUACUCUUAUCAGUGAUGGGGUUUCUGAUACUGCAGAAGGUAAAGAAUUUUCAGCUCUAUCAGAAACCUUUGGAGAUCCAUUACAAACAGUCCACGAACAAGUGCCUGGUAACCAUGUGGCAUGCAAUGAUGUUUCUGAAGCAAUGACCAGCAGUGUUCGAACAGGUGAGGGAUUGACCUGUAAACCAUCAAACGCUUCUGGUGUUGGAACUAUUUCUGAUAAUUUGGAUACUGCUUGUCAUGCAGAACAAGAUGGCUCUGCCUUGCAGGAAAUUGGGAAAACCGAAGUUCCUGUAAAGGCCAAGCAAGGUGGUUGUAAUUUUGAACCCUCUGUACAGUCUACUUCGGAAUCUGUGGAAGCAACUAAACAUACUGAGCUUAAGGAUUCUGGUUUGAAAGACACAAAUGUUGGCAGUGAGCUUGGAUCUAAAACUGAGCAUGAGUUGAAGGAAGAAGCAGCGAGUCAUGUCUCAGAAGUUGGAAGAACAACUGAUGAUUUAUUACAGACUUCUGCAACAUCUUCAGAUUCUACUUAUGAUGAAUCCACCACUUCUGUUGCUUCAUCAACAUUUUCUCAUGAAAAUACCAAUUCAAUUUUGAAUGCCCCUUCAACUAGAGGUGAACGAAUGGGUAGUCAAAAUGAUUCUGCAAUGGAAUCUGAUAUAUCUCAGCAGGAGACAGCUCCUAUUCCAACUCCAGUUUCCUCUGAAGUGGCUUCAAAACUUGAGAGGAAGGGUGUUGAGAAUUCAAGUGGUGGUCCACUUUCUGCUGUAGUGUCAGGUUCCAAGGAUAGGCUUGCUUUAGAAUUGAAUAGGGUCAAGAGUAAUGCUAGGGGGAAGAAAAAGAGAAGAGAAAUUCUAAAGAUAGCAGAUGCUGCUGGGACAACUUCUGAUCUAUAUAUGGCAUAUAAGGGUCCAGAAGAAAAGCAAGAACCAGUUAUUUCUUCUGAGAGUAUAGACAGUACUUCCAGUGUUGGUGAGAAGCAGGUGCUUGCAUCAGAUGAUACUGGGAAGGAUGUUAUAGAAAAUGAGGAAGAUGGACAAAGUAAAACUGAACCAGACGACUGGGAAGAUGCAGCAGACAUCUCUACCCCAAAACUGAAAACAUCGGAUGAUGGAAAGCAUGUUCGUGGUGGCUUCAUGCAUCGUGAUGAAGAUGGAAGUGAGGUCAUUGGCAAAAAAAAGUACUCUAGAGAUUUCCUGCUGACAUUUGUGGAACAAUGUAAAGAUCUUCCCAUGGGUUUUGAAAUUGGAUCUGAUAUAGCUGAUGCCGUAAUGAGUGCUCCAGUUGGUAUAGCUCAUAUUGUUGAUCGUGAAUCAUAUUCUGGUUCUGGAAGAAUUAUAGAUAGGCCUGCUGGAGGUCCCCGGUCUGAUCGUCGUGGAAGUGGUAUGGUGGAUGAUGACAAAUGGAACAAGUCACCGGGUCCUUUUACUGCAGGGAGAGAUAUGCGGUUGGAUAUUGGUCUUGGAGGUGUUGUUGGGAAUUUUCGACCUGCUCAAGGAGGUAUGCAUGGUGUUUUAAGAAAUCCACGUGGUCAUCCUUCUGCUCAAUAUGUUGGUGGAAUCCUCUCAGGGCCAAUGCAAUCUCUGACACCUCAAGGAGGGAUGCAGAGGAACAGUCUUGAUGCUGAUAGAUGGCAGCGUACUACAGGUAUUCAGAAAGGUUUGAUUCCUUCACCUCAGACUCCUUUACAGGUAAUGCAUAAAGCUCAGAAGAAGUAUGAAGUGGGUAAAGUAUCUGACGAAAAAGAGAACAAGCAAAGACAGUUAAAAGCUAUACUCAACAAGCUAACUCCACAGAACUUUGAAAAACUUUUUAAGCAAGUCAAAGAAGUUAAUAUUGACAAUGCAGUUACUCUUAGGGGUGUCAUUUCCCAGAUUUUUGAUAAAGCUCUUAUGGAACCAACUUUCUGUGAAAUGUAUGCAAACUUCUGUUUUCAUCUAGCUGGUGAGUUGCCUGAUUUCAGUGAGGAUAAUGAAAAGGUCACCUUUAAGAGGUCGCUUUUGAACAAGUGCCAGGAAGAAUUUGAGAGAGGGGAAAGGGAGCAAGCAGAAGCUGAUAGAGUUGAGGAGGAGGGCGAGAUUAAACAGUCUGAGGAAGAAAGGGAGGAGAAACGGAUUCGGGCACGAAGGCGGAUGCUUGGUAAUAUAAGAUUGAUCGGAGAACUGUAUAAGAAGAGGAUGUUGACUGAGAGAAUAAUGCAUGAAUGCAUCCAAAAGUUGCUUGGACAGCAUCAGAAUCCCGACGAGGAAGAUGUUGAAGCUCUGUGCAAACUAAUGAGCACUAUAGGGGAGAUGAUAGACCAUGCCAAAGCCAAGGAACACAUGGAUGCAUAUUUUGACAUGAUGACUCAGUUAUCGACAAACAUGAAACUAUCUUCUAGGGUGAGGUUCAUGUUGAAGGAUGCGAUUGACCUGAGGAAGAAUAAGUGGCAGCAACGGCGAAAAGUUGAGGGGCCAAAAAAGAUUGAGGAAGUGCAUAGGGAUGCCGCUCAGGAGCGGCAGGCACAAGGUAGGCUUGCCCGUGGUGGUUCAGGAAUUAGCUCUUCAGCAAGAAGGGGGCAACCCAUGGACUAUGGUUCGCGAGGGUCACCCUUGUCUUCUCCAAACACCCAGAUGGGUGGUUUCCGUGGGUUGCCACUUCAGAGUCGUGGAUAUGGUGCUCAAGACGUUAGGUUGGAGGAUAAACAUCCCUACGAAAGCAGGACAUUGUCAGUUCCUUUGCCACAAAGGCAGAUGGAUGAUGAUUCUAUUACUCUUGGUCCCCAAGGUGGUCUUGCUAGGGGCAUGUCUAUCAGAGGACAACCACUGAUAUCCAAUGUUCCUGUUGCUGAUAUUCUUCCUAGCCCUGGAGACUCCAAGAGGUUGGGGCCUGGUCCAAAUGGUUAUGGUCCUGUUUCUGAGUGGACAAAUUAUAACUCAAGGGAGGAGCUCAUACCAAGAAAUAUUCCGGACAGAUUCAUGGGACCACCUUCUUAUGACCAAUCAAGUUCACAAGAACGCAAUUCAUAUUUUGGGAAUCGGGACUUAAGACCCAUAGAUCGCUAUCUUGAUAGAUCUACGACUUCUUCACCUGCCACACAGAUGCAGGGGUCUUCUGCUGCUUCACAAAAUAUUACAUCAGAAAAAGUAUGGCCUGAAGAACGUCUUCGAGACAUGUCAAUAGCAGCAAUCAGAGAAUUCUACAGUGCCAAAGAUGAGAAAGAGGUUUCCUUGUGUAUCAAAGACUUGAAUGCCCCGAGCUUCUAUCCAUCAAUGAUAUCGAUCUGGGUCACAGAUUCUUUUGAGAGGAAAGAUAUGGACAGGGAUCUUUUGGCUAAGCUUCUGGUCAACCUGACCAGACCUCGAGAUGGUUUGCUGACACAACAGCAUCUCGUCAAAGGGUUUGAAUCUGUUCUUUCUACCUUGGAGGACUACAUACCGGAUGCCCCAAAAGCAGCAGAGUUUCUUGGGCGCAUCCUUGCCAAAGUUAUCAUAGAGAAUAUAGUUCCCUUGAGAGAGGUUGGGCGGCUAGUACAUGAAGGUGGUGAAGAACCAGGACGGCUUCUAGAGAUUGGGCUCGCGUCGGAAGUUCUUGGAAACACACUUGAGAGCAUAAAAUUAGAGAAAGGAGAAGGGCUUUUAGAUGAGAUCCUUACAAGCUCCAAUCUGCGGUUGGAGGAUUUUAGACCCCCAAGUCCUAUAAAGUCAAGUAAGCUAGAUGCAUUUCUCUAGUGGAUGGUGAUUGUUGUUAAUUAUUCAUGUCUAGGGCCUUUUUGGGGUACUUUGGAUCUGCGGCCGAAAUGUAUGUUAGGGGUUUGGGCUCUCUCUCUCUCAUCACAUAUUUCGGUUAUUCUUCGCCA